ACAAACACAUACACAACAAAAGACACAUCCAGAGAUGGAGCCGAGCACAUAUUUGUGAAUAAUUGCACCCACUAAGUCCCUGACCUUUAAUGGGGACUUCUGACCCCGCUACAUGAAGGCCAAAGCGCACAACAGAGCCUGACCAGACUGUUUUCUAAGCAAAGCCUUCUCUUUGAAGUGACACCAGUGAUCUCACUCUUGACCUUUAAAUGCGAAAGGAAAGAAAAAAAGUGUUAUCUAUGUGCACCUGAUCUGAGAACAGUGUGGCUCUCUGUGAUGCAAAAGUUGCCGACUGCGGGUGCGUUUCUGAAAUCAGUUUCAAGGAUGCAUACAGAGGUAAGAGAGAGGCGGCCUAUAGGACAGAAGGUCUGCUGUGAUUGGCUAUUGUGCAUUGAAAUAUAUGAUGGACUGACCUGAACUCAACUUUAAAAGUACACACCGAGCACACGGAUCUCCACUACGGAUCAUCUAGACAGGGCCGAUCACCAUUAUCAGUCACAAUGUGGAUCGUCCAGAAAGUGCAGGCGGGAGCAGAAAGUCUCCCAGCACAGAUCAAUCACCUCAUCAGCAAAAACAAAGAGGAGAUUUCCGUCAAGACCAGGAUCUUCAAUAAACUGCACAGCAACGUCCUCACGCCUGAUAAAAUCCCCGACUUCUUCCUGCCGCCUAAGCUGACCAAACGCUGCCUCGUGGCAGACGCUGAAAAAAUCUCAAAGUGUCUGAACGAAGAAAAAGAAGCUCUCGGCUUCGCAAAAACGUCACUGUCGACACCCGGUACCACCCAGCCACUGAGAACCAGUCUAAAUAAACCCACAGCGGCGUUGAGCAAACUCAAACCCAUACCGUAUUCACUGAAGUGCUACGAGUCCGGUUUAUUCGAGAGUCCCAACACGCGUCGCAAAGAGUCUUUGUUCCAUUCGGCGCUAACCAGUUACACACUAGAGCGGAUGACCAUCAAAACCCCCAAACUGUCCUGCAGGGCAGUGCUAAAGACGGCCAGCACUGAGAGCGACACGCCCUCCGCUGACUCCUCCCCUUACUCGACACCCCCGCCAAUCAGAAGAGAGGAUUUCGCCGUCCCCGAAGAGCAACAUGCUCGCGUCUCCAGAGACGAGAAGAAGAAAGUUCACUCCACCCCAAAUAAAAAGUUCGCGUCGAAAGACCGUGCAAAAGUUAUUCGAGCGUCGCGCUGCUCCAAACUAGCCCCGCCCAUCCAGUUCCCCCUGGACAUGCUGCACUGCCAAGAGCGCUUCCAUCAGGAGCACGUGCUUCCUCUUCCUCAGAGAGGCCGGGUGCGCGUCUCCGCCUUCAGGAGCAGCGUGGCCCGGUGCUCGACCACAGUUCGCAUCCGCGUGAUCUCGGUGGAAGGCUUGAGAGAUCCCGCCGACCUUCGACCUCUUACCUGCAGCCUGACCCUAAGCCUCGCCCCAGGCAAGCUGCAGCGGCAGCACAGCGCCAUCAUCAGGAACUGCCGCAACCCCGUGUUCAAUGAAGAUUUCUUCUUCCAGGAGCCCGAGGAGCAGCGGGGCGGUCUGGGAGAGCUGGCGCUCAGGCUGAAGGUGCUGGAUAAGGCCUCAGGACUGGGCCGAGGAGUGGUGCUGGGGAUCGUCCUCAAACCUCUCCGUCAGCUGCUGCCACUGUGACGCAAACACACACGGAAAGGGGCUCCGUUUCCAGUGCUGCACGCGUGAUCUCGCUAAUUUAGAACAGCAAAAGGAGCGCUAGUUAGGCAAGGCACGGCUAUUUUAUUUAUAUAGCACAUUUGAUACGCAAUAGUAAUUAAAAGCACUUCAUGUAAAAGUACAACAAUAAUUAGUUGGUGUUAAACAAAGUUAGUGUUUUGGAGCCAUGGAAGGUCCAUGCUCCCUGUUGAAAAAAAAAAACCCAGCAGACGCCGGUUAGGUAUGUUUUGAAGCAUGACUGAUCAAAUGUUGUCCAUUUUCCACAAGUUGAUAUUAUUCUUUAGGACACUGGUCUCAAACUCAAUUAUUGGAGGGCCACAGCUCUGCAUAGUGUAGCUCCAACCAAGUGGGGGUUGGGUACCUGAAAACCAAUAUGGCACCGGUACCUACGUAACCAGUAUGUACUGAAACUGAAUCAGAAUGCAGCUUUGCUGUUGCUCACUUCGGUGCAAUGUCUGAUUGAAACAUUUGUCCCCUGGUUCUCCGAAAGGGCAACGCACAGGAAAAAUGAUUUCCUGACUGAGAAAAUGCACGUGAAUCAAAACGCCCUAAUAAUACAAACGCAACAAAUCUUUGUAAUAAGACAAGCAUGCGUCUUAUUUUCACUUACCUUUAAAGCACAGCACAUUUUUAAACCCAACAAAAGAGAGCAUUACGGCCGAUUUAUUCCAGCAAAAAUGCUAAUGUGGCUUUUUGUCACAGAAUGACACAGUAAAUAUAUUAUAAAAAGAAUACACUCAUUAUAAAUAUACAAUGAAUUAUGAAAAAAAAUGAUGAAUAUUCAUAUUAUAAAAACUACCAGGGAUGGCUUGAAUAACACAAACUGGACAUUGUUGCAUUCGAGUGUUUAUUAUCUUGGUUUUAUUCAAGAAAAUUUACCAUGUGAAAUAGGCGUCACCUUGAAACACUUUUGUGUCCCCUUGUGUCGAAUCACAAUUGACCCCCAAAAACGCUACAUUUAUUUGCACAACCUUCACAUUUUUCACAUAUUUCCUUCACCGUGUGCUCUCAGGGGGAAUUUCCUUCAUUUUUGUAAUGCUAGGAAACUACAUGCUAGUUACUAUGAUCAGAGCUGUGGGUUUCUGUGUUUAAUUAGUCUUGUACAUAACCUACGUUCAGCAUUCAGUAAAAAAUGAACUAGAAAUAAACAGAUCUUGUGAACUGCACAGAUAUUAUGCGGCAUUAGGGUGUUGUUCUUUAUUGUGUUGUGAGUAUUUCCUGUAUGUGUCUCAUCUAUGAAACUUCUAAAUAGACAUAAUCCCCUGGAAUUCAUAAUAGUACAGAAAUAACAUAGAAUUUCAAAAAUUGAACUAUAAAAGUUACCAAAAAUGUUUAUUUUCAUCUGAUUAAUAAAGUAAUAACUAAUCAAAUGUGAUUUCUCAAUACUUA